GCCCCCCCUCCCCGAGUGGCCGUGGCUGUAGUGACCGGGGGUUUGCACACAGCGAGCGGCUCUAACUUUACACCGGAGACUCUGAGCCUGAGCCUGAGUGUGUGUGUGAGAGUGAGUGAGUGUGUGCUGGGGAGGGGAGAGCGCGCUGCACUGCGCAUGAGUGUCACCCACGGUGACUGCUAAUUGUCCGUUUUUUUUCUUUUUAUUUUUUUUAAAGAGGCCCGAGCGCUUGAAGAUGAACAAGCUGAAGUCCUCACAGAAGGAUAAAGUGCGUCAGUUUAUGGUCUUCACACAGUCCAGUGAGAAAACUGCAGUAUGUUGUUUAUCGCAGAAUGACUGGAAAUUAGAUGUUGCUACAGACAAUUUUUUUCAAAAUCCAGAACUUUAUGUUCGUGAAAGUCUGAAAGGUUCAUUGGAUAGAAAGAGAUUAGAACAAUUAUACCAUAGAUAUAGAGAUCCACAAGAUGAAAACAAAAUAGGGAUAGACGGUAUUCAACAGUUCUGCGAUGAUUUAGGAUUGGAUCCAGCCAGUAUCAGUGUACUGGUCGUUGCAUGGAAAUUUCGAGCAGCCACACAGUGUGAAUUCUCAAAACAAGAAUUCGUAGAUGGUAUGACAGAAUUAGGGUGUGACAGCAUAGAAAAACUGAAAAUCCUUCUGCCAAAGUUGGAACUAGAAUUAAAAGACCAAGCAAAGUUUAAAGACUUUUACCAAUUUACAUUCAACUUCGCAAAGAAUCCAGGCCAGAAGGGUUUAGAUUUAGAAAUGGCAAUUGCAUACUGGAAUUUAGUACUUGCUGGGCGAUUCAAAUUCUUAGAUAUAUGGAAUAAGUUUUUAUUGGAACAUCAUAAAAGAUCAAUACCUAAAGACACCUGGAAUCUUUUAUUAGACUUCAGCUGUAUGAUUGCUGAUGACAUGUCCAAUUAUGAUGAAGAAGGAGCAUGGCCAGUGCUUAUUGAUGACUUUGUGGAAUUUGCACGACCGCAAAUCACUGGGACAAAAAGCACAACAGUGUAGCAUUUGGGAAGCUUUGUCGCAAAAUGUACAUGGUGUGUACAGAAUGAAAAAUACAGCAAAUAAUGCACAGUCAUUUCACAAUUAGUUAAUAAAAUUCAGAUCAAUGGAUUGAAGUGAAGAUCAAUCCUUUUAUUCUAUCCAGAGGGUUGUUAACACCAAAAAGGACUUUUCUUCAAUCAUAUCGUAUUCAUUUAAUGGUGGUUUGGGCUUCUGUCUUAGUCAGGACCUCUUUAUGUAAUUUCAUCAACACUGAAUGCGAGUUCCAUCUGUAUAUUCUUUGGAAUCCCGUUUGGAGGACUUUUCUGAAAGGAUAAUUUUAUAGUGCUUUUUGACAUCAAGCACAUUGCUGCCUUCAGUUAGGAGCUGAACAGCAUUCUUGGACUCCGGAAAUCUGUGUUUGAAAUGGAAACCUCGAUUUGAUCAAAGUACUUUUUAAAUUAUGUAAACAGGCAGUUAGACCAUCACAGAAUCUUACUUUAGCUAAUAUUUCAGCUGUUUCUUGUUCUAUGGCAGAUUACUUGACAUUAAGUCUUACUUUACUAUGAAGACUGGAUCAUACCAUGCCUAUGCACGAAAUUCAGUCCCGCUCCAUAAUGAAAGUGGCGAUAGAAUGGUGAAAUUCUACAAUUGAGAUCUGUGGUAUUUACUGUUUGUUUUUCUUUUUGACAAGAAUAAAGUUUCCCCACCCAA